AUUAAAAAAAAACUGUCAGACUGAUGUCAUCAAUCAAUUCAGUCACUGAAACAUUUUCAACAAUUUCAAUCUGUGCGUGCAAUCUUCCGUCAUCAUCGUCUAAAUUUAUUAAAAAGUUUAAAUAAAUGAUAAAUGUUAAUAACACACAUUACUAAAGAUUUUAAAUAUAAUUAGCCUGAACAUUUUUGUGGUUGUGAAUUCUUACUGUGUUUCUAGCGUUCGAAGUGGUUCGAGGACAUUGCAACGAGACCAUGUAAAUUAUUUAUCAAAUAACAGUAAGAACUUGUGAACAGAUACAGCUGUGUAUAGUACCAUGUCAGGUACAGAGCAAAAUAUAGUAAACUCAAUGCAACAAUUAUCCGUAACACAGACUAGCAGUGGUUCUACUGAAAAGCCUACACAAGUGGUUACUCCUGCAGUUAACCGAAGUCAACCCUCCGCGAAAGUAACACCAGUAAAAGCUAGUACAGUUUCACCUGCUAUAGCUACCAUUGAUAGAUUGCUUAGUCUGGGUGCUAACAUUCCUCCACCUCCACCUGUUAUUACUCGUACUUCAGAUAUGGAUCCCCAUACAGUAGAACAAUUGCGAGCCGUCAAAGAACUUCUUACUACUCAAGAAGAAGAAGCUCAAAGCUUGAGAGAUCUUAAUCAUGAAUUACGAGAGAGGCUUGAAGAAUGUGAAAACAAAAUAAAGAAAUUGACUGAACAAAAUGAAGAAUAUGCAGAGAAAGAAAAAGCCUUAUCACAGAGAGUUGCAGAAAAAGUAAGAAACAAUAAACAGAUGAGUGUAGUUAUGGAAGAAUAUGAGCGCACAAUCUCUUCACUCAUUGGUGAGCGUGAGAUAGAGGGUAAAAGAUGGACUGAGGAAAGAACUACACUUGUAAGAGAGAGAGAUGAAGCGGCAGCACAUCUUGCAUCUAUGGAGCAUGCAUUCAAUGAUGUUCAUACCAAAUAUGAAAGAUGUAAAGUUAUCAUUCAAGGCUAUAAAAGCAAUGAAGAGACACUCAAACAUACCGUUGAGGAGAAUAAUGAUGCCAUACAAAAACUAGAAGCGAGGUAUGAAACAUUGAGGCAACAUGCUAUGCAGCAACUCAACAAAGCAAAUGCUGAAUUGGAUGCCGUUAAAAAGACUCAUCAGGCAGAAAUUCUGAAAUUAAAUGCAAUGCUCAAGAAAAGUGAGGUACAUGCUUCAUCACUGCAGGAGUCAUUGGCACAGAAAAUAAAAGACAAUGAGGAACUCACAGCCAUCUGUGAUGAGCUCAUUAAUAAAGUAGGAUAAAACAAUAGUAUAGUAAUUAUGUACUCAUCAUCUAAACUUCAUUAGAAUUCUCAUGCAUUUUAUACUUGUAUGCAAAUAAGUUAUAUUUGUAAUAAGGUAUUAAUAUAUUUAUAAUAAAUAAUAUAGUUAUGCAGUUCACUCUGAGAGUUACUUUAGAUUUGCAGUAACAGCUAUAUGAAGAUUCCUUUUACAUACCAAUUAUUAGAACAUAUUUUUAUAAGUAACAUAGAAAUAAUAAAUUAUAUUAUUUUGUGCAAUCAUCAUAAUAUAUGUAUUUUUUUUACUUUUGUACAUUUUUUUUUGUAUAGAGUAUUAUUUUUAUAAUGUGACGUUUUGAUGUUGUGUUUAAGUUGUGAAUUUGAACUGUUUAAUCUUCAGUAUUCAAGAUUGGUGCCUGACUUAUUUGAUAAUAUGAUACAAUUACAAUUGUAAAUAAUAUGCAUGCCUAAAAAUUAUGGUUUAACUACUCACAACUAAUACGUGUGAGUAAUAAACCAAAUAAAAAUUAGCAAUCCAUAUUAAUAAUAUUUAUUUUCCAAAGAUUAUGUCGAAGCAGAGUUCUAUUUGUUGUUAUAUGAUCGUUCAAUAUGAGAUUGUAAGUGCCACUUAUAAUGCUCUCUAGAAUGUGGCACAUAAUUAUUUUAUUUGUAUUUCAGUUAAAAUGCUAGCUGCCAUAUUUAAUUUGAAGUUUUUUAUAAUUAUUUAAUACUAAUAUUUUGAAACCUGUAGUAAUAACAUAAGUAUAAAUUAAUAUCUUAAAAUAUCAGUAACAAUUUUUGAAACUUCUAGUCCUCAGUUGAAAAUAUGCACCCACAGUAUACAUUAUUUUGAAUUGCAGAAAAUAUACAUCUUUUUCAAUUAUGAAAGGUCUGUGUUAAGUAGUUUAACUAAAAAUAUUAUAAACCUUUCGGGAAUCAGAAAUAGUGUAAUAAAGGUGAGGGUGAUUCAUCUCUUUUUGAAUAAUAUUGUUAUGUGAACAGCAUUAAUCAAUAUGAUCUAAAAACAUGAUGUAGUAUGGCAUUGUAUUGGAGUUAAUUAUUGUAUUUCAAACUAUAUGAGUACUCCAAUUUGAAUAUAAAAUUGUGUAAUAUAAUGAAGAUCAAUAGUGUAUUUGUAAUUGUUUGGGUUAAUUUGAAUGUUAUAACAUUGUUUAAAGACUCCUAUAUUAGUGCCUUUCAAAAUUUAAUCUCCACCAUCCAGUUAUAGUCCACUGUAAGUUGAGAACUUUACCACUUUUACAAUAAUGUUGCCAGGAAGUUAACAUUACUAAUUGUGGAAAUAAUAAGACUAAUAACUAACAAGAAGUGACCGACAUUCCACAUCUUUAUUUUGUAAUUUUAUAUUGGCCUCCACAAAAUUCCACUACAGCAUCAGCUUCCAACUAUCGCUUUUGAUGAUCUUCGUAAAAUUAGUUUAAAAUGUAAAACUGGUAGAAAUGUUACUGUUCUUCAAUAUAGAAAACGUAAGCAUUUCAUUCACUAUGACUAGACUACUAAGCAUAGUUUAGUGACAAUAUAUUUUUAUAAUUUAAAUGUUUCGCAUUCAUACCCGCAGUUUAUAUAUAAAAUUUAAAAACAAUAAAUUGUUUCAAUUUGUACAUAAA